AUGCCAGCAACAGAUUACCACCAUCACGAAUCAUCGUCCUCUCCCUCGAGCUUCGGAUUCUCCAUCCUCAGCCGACGACGGGACCAAGUCCACUCCAUGGACCCCACGCACGGGCACACGGGCCUACACGCCGAGCUCGAGUCCUUCCAGCGCCAGGUGGCAGAGAGGUUUCACGACCUGGCGUCAGGCAACCCGGAGGAUCUCCUUUCGAUCGCCUGGGUCCGGAAGCUUCUAGACACUUACCUCCUCUGCCAGGAACAAUUCAGGAUAAUUAUCCUCAACAACAGGGCUGCCCUUACUAAACCCCCCAUGGACCGCCACAUUUCCGAGUUUUUCGAGAGGAGCGUGAAGGCCCUCGACGUGUGCAAUGCCAUUAGAGAUGGGGUCGAGCAGAUCCGGCAGUGGCAGAAGUUAUUAGAUAUCGUCUUGUGCUCUUUGAAUGGUAAUGGUGAUGUUAAUAUUAAUAAUAAUAGUCAGAAGAGUAUUGGGGAAGGACAAUUUCGUCGUGCUAAAAAAGCUCUAGUCGAAUUAGCUUUAGCAAUGAUCGACGCUAAAGAAUCAUCAAACUCGACCGUAAAUUCACACCGAAACAGGUCAUUCGGGCGCCAUCAGCAGAAGGAACCUAAGUCAUUGAGCAAUUUUCGGUCCCUGUCGUGGAGCGUGUCCAGAUCAUGGUCAGCUUCCCGGCAAUUGCAGGCGAUCGGGAAUAAUCUGGUCGGGCCCAAGCCGACCGAGACGGCCUCAACCGGCGGGCUCAAUGUGGCUGUGUUCACAAUGAACUAUGUUCUCCUGUUUGUUAUGUGGGCCCUAGUGGCCGCAAUCCCCUGCCAGGACCGCGGGCUCCAGGUCCACUUUUAUUAUGUUGGGACAAGGCAGUUCGCGUGGGCUAGCCCGAUUCUCUCGCUCCACGAGAGGAUUCUGGAGGAGUCCAAAAAGCGGGAGCGGAGGAACACGUGCGGGCUUUUGAGAGAGAUUUCUGAUGUUGAGAAAUGUGCGAGAUUCAUGAAUGAGUUGAUGAGGGAUUUCACUAAUUUCCCAUUGGAUGAGAAAAAAGAGAGGGAAGUUCGGUCGAGGGUUAGGGAAGUGGGCUUGGUGUAUGAGGGAAUUAAGGAAGGUUUGGACCCUUUGGAACGUUCGGUUCGGGAGGUGUUUCGAAGGAUCGUGCGGGUUCGGACGGAUGGGCUUGAUUCGACCGGUGGUCGGGUGAAUAGCUAG